AUGCAGUCUCAGCUAGAAAGUGAACGUUUAGCUGUACGUAGUAAUAUAAUUUCUAUUGAUCGACCGGAUUCAUCGCAGCUUGUUGAUCUUCAUAUUUACAUAAUACCAAAAAGCGUUUGGAAAAAUCUUCAAAAUUUAGCCGAAAAUGAAACGAUGGAACGAGCUAUAUCAGCUGGUUUUGUUCAUGUACCACAAAAUUUAAAUUUAAAUGAUCUUCGUCAACAUAUUCUUAAGAUUUGUGGUCAAGAUGAUGCAUUUCCAAAACAAUUUAUUUAUCUAAGAAGUGUUGGUCGUUGUUUAACGAAAGUAAAACCUCAACAAGAAACAGAAUUACGAGUGAAAAACUAUCGACCGCCUAUGACAUUUGCACCUGAAAUUUAUGUUCUAGAAGGACAUCAUGAUGAUGAACAUGUUAAAUCAGCAAAUUCAAAAAGUUAUCUGUUUCGUGAAUCACCUAUUCAACAAGCAUUAAAUACUCCACCACAACUAACUUCAAGUCGUCAACAGAGUUGGGUUAAACCAAGAAUUAUACCACCAAUACCAUCUGGAACAAAAUUACAUCGUUCAUUUGUUCGUUCUGGUGAACGAAAAAAUUCAACAAAUUUUCAGGGACAUCCCAUUGCUUCUUAUUCAAAUUUUUCAGCAGCUUCAAGUACACUUAGCGCAAGAGAGUUAUCCAAAUUAAGAGAAGAACAAGAACGUCUUCGUCAACGUCAAAUUGAAUUGGCUCGACAGCGGCGUGAAAUUGAACAAGAACAAGAAAGACGUCAACGAGAAUUACUUGAAAAACAAGAAAAGCUAACGAGAGAACAGCAAAGACAAGAAAAUGAAGCAGCUACUCAAAUUCAAAGAGCUUAUCGAAAAUAUCAAAAUCGACGUAAAUUAAAACAAAAACAAAAACAGCACAAUGAAGACAAUGUACAUCAUGAUAAUCAAAGAAUAUCUAAUUUUGUUAAUUCUCGGGGAUUGUGGUCACCUGAACCAGAAAAACAACUAAUACAAUCGUCGAGUAAACAGAGAGAUACACACUCAAUACUAUUAGAGAGAUAUCGAGCAUGGCGAAAUAAACUUCAAUGGCCAGCUAUAUCGUCUAUUAAAAACGAAAAAGUCUCCACGAAAAAAUCGGAUGCCAGUCAGUCUUUUGGCUUUUCUUCUUUCAGACAGGCUGCUAAUGAUAUUGAACGUUUACAAAAAGAAGCACGUGACUUAGCUCGUCGUAAUGCUGAAAAAGAACAUGCUGAAGAAAUAAAUGCUCAUGAUGUUGUAAAACUCGCAGAUCAUCUUGAAGAAUUGAAAAAAAAGCGUACUGCAUUGGAAGCAACACGUGAAACAAUUAUUCGUCAAAUGCAACAGUUACAUGAUCAGAUUGGUGUUCAUCGAAAAGAAGAAAGAGAGUUGUGGAAACAAAGAUAUCAGAUGGAAAAGAAAAAAACAGCUGCGCUUGAAGAACGAGGUCGAACAUCAUUGAACGAUCAAUCAGAUCUUAAUACUCAACUUGAGCAAGUUAAGAUUCGUCUAAAUAAUAGCACUAAACUUCGACAACAAGCUGAAUAUGAAUGUCAAGUUUUGAAACAAGAAUUAGAUAAUAUGCGAUCGAAUAUGAAUAAUCUACAAAACCCUCAAUCAUCAAAGCAGCCGAUUCCUUCGCAAGACAAGCAACAUAUUAUACCAAUUACUCUUGACAUAACAUUGCAAUAUUAA